CAAGUGCGUCCUCGCGCUUACUGGGGCAUUCCGAGAGGCAGAGUGGAAGGCAAGGAAAUGAACCCUUUGUUUUGCCCUUUCCUCUCCUCAACAUUACCCCACCCAAAGCCCCUCGUCUCUCCUUCCUUGACGACUACUAGACCAUCAUCUUCUCCUUAUCCUCCCUUCCUUCACAUCUCUGCCAUCAGAAAUGUUGAAGAUAAACUCCACUCCACCUUUUAUGCAACCCCUACAACUUCCCAAUUCCCAGAGAUACCAACGACGGUGAUUACAGCGAAGAAACGACCAGUCCCGUCCCUUCUGGUUACCAUCUUUAAUGGAUUGGACGAUUUCAUCAACAACUUCAUAGGCCCUCCACUCCCACCCUCCAUAGACCCAAAGCAUGUGCUCUCUGGUAACUUCGCUCCCGUUGACGAGCUCCCCCCUACCGAGUGUGAGGUGAUAGAGGGCUCACUCCCUCCCUGCCUCGAUGGCGCUUACAUCCGCAAUGGCCCCAACCCCCAGUUCUACCCACGUGGCCCUCACCAUCUCUUUGAUGGUGAUGGCAUGCUUCACUCCAUCCGAAUAUCCCAUGGCCGACCCAUCUUCUGCAGCCGUUACGUUAAGACUUACAAAUACAUCAUCGAGAAACGUGCUGGCUCUCCCGUUAUUCCUAACCUUUUCUCAAGCUACCGCAGCUUCGCACGCAGCGCAGUUGCCAUCGCCAGACUUCUAACUGGCCAGUUUGAUCCCGUCAACGGGGUUGGUCUCGCCAACACCAGCGUAGCUUUCUUCUGUGGCCAUCUCUACGCACUAGCUGAGUCUGAUCUCCCUUAUGCCGUUCGAUUGACGCCUGAUGGGGAUAUCAAAACUCUGGGCCGCUACGAUUUUGAUGGGAAACUCUCCAUGAGCAUGACCGCGCACCCCAAGAUUGAUCCCAGCACCGGAGAGGCAUUUGCUUUUCGAUACAGCCCUGUGCGUCCAUUCCUAACCUACUUCCGGUUCGAUGCCCAGGGAAAGAAACAACCGGACGUCCCAAUUUUCUCCUUGUCUUGUCCAUCUUUCUUCCAUGAUUUUGCAAUCACCAACAGGUACGCCAUAUUUCCAGAUAUCCAGAUGUGGAUGAACCCGGUGAAAAUGAUCAUCAGAGGAGGAUCGCCAGUGGGUACAGAUCCCACCAAAGUACCAAGAGUUGGAAUCAUCCCUCGUUAUGCAAAAGACGAGUCCGAGAUGAGGUGGAUCGACGUGCCAGGUUUCAACAUAAUACACGCUAUUAACGCCUGGGACGAGGAGGAUGGCGAUGCCAUUGUGAUGGUGGCACCAAACAUACUACCAAUAGAACAUGCCUUGGAGAGGAUGGAUUUGGUCCAUGGGUCUUUAGAGAAAGUGAGGAUAGAUCUGAAAACGGGGACAGUGACGAGGCAUCGGCUAUCACAGUGGAAUCUGGAAUUUGCGGUGAUAAACCCAGGGUACUUGGGGAAGAAGAACAGAUAUGUAUACUCAGCAGUAGGUGAUCCUUUGCCCAAAAUAUCAGGAAUUGUGAAGCUGGACGUAUCACGAAGUGAUCGGCGCCAGGAGUGUAUAGUGGCUAAGAGAAUGUACGAGCCUGGGUGCUACGGGGGCGAACCAUUCUUUGUGGCAAAGGAGCCGGACAAUCCAGAGGCAGAGGAGGAUGAUGGGUAUGUGUUGUCGUAUGUACACGAUGAGCAAAGCGGGAAAUCAAGGUUCAUAGUGAUGGAUGCCCAGUCUCCUGACCUUGAUAUUGUGGCCGCUGUGAAGCUGCCCACAAGGGUGCCUUAUGGCUUCCAUGGAUUGUUUGUUAAAGGGUGUGAUCUCAAAAUGGACUGAAACACCAAAUUGUUGGAAAGCAAGCUCGAAUUAGGAAAUUUGUAAUUAUUAGGAUUAGAUUUAGUUUUAAAAAAAAAUCAAGGAAGAAUGUUUUAUUUUAUCUUAUCUUAUUAGGAGUUUCUAUUUUGUUUAGCGUGAAUACUUCAGAUUAUGUAAGGCUUGAAUAAGAAAGAGGAAUGAAAUGCAGUGAAGUUUUAAU